CGUAAGUCCCCGGAACUGCCCGCCGCCAACAGCGGCCGCACACCCCAAGCCGCUUGACUGCGUUACUCAACACCCGCCACAGAAUAGCAACCAUCCUCAUCACCAUCACCCAAUACGGCGUACCCCACACCGGGCACUGGCUUCUGAGUGUCACCGAAGCCCUCUUCUGGGUCUACAUCGGACUGAGCGCCGUCGUCAGCGCCGCCCUCUAUCUCACCAUCUGGUCGACACAGGUGUUUCCAAUCCACACCAUGACCCCCGUUUGGGUCUUCCCGGCCUACCCGCUGCUCCUCAGUGCCCCCUUCGGCGGCAACCUCAUCUCGGCCGCCGGCCGCGCCGGCCGGCCCGACGGCAUCAACACGGUCCCUGUCGCACUGGCCGCUAUCACUGCCCAGGGAACGGGCUUUUUGAUUAGCUUCAUGAUUUGCGCCGCCUUCCUGUACCGGCUCAUGACGCAGAAGCUGCCGCGCGACCACCAACGACCGGGUGUGUUCAUCUCGAUUGGGCCGAGCGCCUUUAGUUCUGCCGGUCUAGUACAACUGGGCUCCCUCAGUCACUCCAUCUUCCCGUCCGACUUCAUGGGCACGGAGCACGCCGUGCACAUCCUUCGCUUGCUGGCCUACAUGGCCGGCCUCUGGUUGUGGGGACUGAGCAUCUGGUUCUUCCUCGUCUCGGUCGGCUCGCUGUGGAAGUACCUGCGGCCCGAGAGCAAGGGGAAGCUGCACUUCCAGAUGACGUGGUUCUCUUUUGUCUUUCCCAAUACCGCUCUGGUAGCGGCCACAGAAGCACUCGGCAGCGCCUUCGACAGCCCCGGUCUCCAGAUCUUUGGCUGCGUGCUGGCGGGAUGCUUGGUCCUGGUGUGGAUCCUGGUGUUCACAAAGAUGCUGCGCUGCUUGUGGAGGAGGGAGCUGUGAGUCCUCUCCCCGUCCCUUGCCCUCUCCCCCCCCUCCCACCUUUCCCCUUCCGCGUACAACUGGUUGGAGUCUACUUCUU